AUGAUUUGGAACAAAAUUAAUCUGACAGGGAAUAUAUCCUUAUUAAGAAACUUGAGAAUAAGUCCUCAGUAUUUAACUAAGGUAACUAGAAUUAUAAAAUGGGAAAUACCAGUUAUAGAUACAAAAAUUCCUUAUAAAGAACUAAAUACAAUGAGAUUUUAUGACGAAACUCAUAAGUAUUGUAGCAAAGUGGCUAAACAUGACUUUGAUUAUAUGCAAAUUGCCCACAUUAAGCACUAUAACAAAGAUAUUCGAAGUAAAUUUAUAAAAUUUCUAAAAAAAAGUAAGAUUUUAAAAAAGAAUGAGGCGGAUGCUUUUGAAUAUGUGUCAGCAUUCAUCUGGCCAAAAAAUAAAUAUUUUAGACUAAGAGUUGUUUUUGCAACUGCAAGCUUAGCUCUUGCAAAAGUAGCUACAGUACAAGCUCCAAUUAUAUUGGCAAAACUAAUUGAUUCUAUGGGACAUACUAAAAAUGUGUUUCCAUCGUUAUCCAAUAACUCUCCUCUUUGCUCACUUAAUUAUUUAUUUCUAGAGCCAUCACAAACUUUGUUAUUGCUCAUUGCUUCAUAUGGUAUAGCUAGGAUUUCAUCCUCUGGGUUUAACGAACUUCGUAAUGCUCUAUUCUCUAUAGUAAGCCAAUCAGCAUGUCGUGAUGUUUCUCUUCAAGCAUUUCACCACUUUCAUAAUAAUUGCAAUUUAGACUUUAUUCAAAGUCAAAAGUCGGGGGAACUAUUGACAAUAGUAUCAAGAGGUUUCAAAUCUGUAUCCCAACUACUAAAUAUUAUGCUAUUUCAAAUUAUACCAACAUCGGCUGAAUUUAUAUUGGUAUUAAGCUUGUUAUUCUAUAGAGUUGGAUGGGAUAUCGCUUUUAUAACACUGGCUACAAUGCUAGGUUAUAUGGAAUUCACACGUAAAAUAACAGCUCAAAGAACUUUAUUUAGGAAGGAAAUGAAUCAGGCUGAACAGAACUCUAAUGGCUUAUUCCAAGAUACAUUGAUGAAUGCAGAGAUAUUAAAAUAUCUUAAUGCAGAAGAGUAUGCUUUCAAUUUAUACAACCAAUACCAAGAAAAAUAUAUGAAAUCUAACAUUAAAGUUCAAACAUCGUUAGCACUAUUAAACUUUGGUCAGAAUCUUAUCUUUACUGGAGGUCUUAUAUCUACAAUGUUACUAACAACUGGUAAAAUUUUGGCUGGGAGUAUUCCUAUGGGUUCCAUAGUUCUUGUUACUUCUCUACUUUUCCAAUUAGCAAUUCCUCUAAAUUUUAUUGGUAUGAUGUACAGGGAAACCAAGCUAACUGUGAUAGACCUCAACAGGCUCAACGAGUUUUUCAAGCAACCUGUAAAAUUAAUUAGUCAUAAGUAUAUGAAGCCAAUCUAUCCUGUAACCCAAGACAGUGGUACAGAUACAAGCAAGAUGCUCAAAUUAGAAAAUGUCUGGUUUUCAUAUCCCCUUGAAAGUUCAAAAUAUGAAGGAUCUAUCAAUACUAACUCUUUUCUAACUUUAAAACCUACUUUAUGUGAUGUAUCAUUUUCUAUUCCUCUUGGUGGGAAAAUUGGUAUUGUAGGACCGUCAGGUUGUGGGAAAUCUACUUUAUCGCGUCUUUUCUAUAGAAUCUAUGAUCCAAGCCAAGGUCGCAUACUAUAUUUUAAUAAGGAACUACAAGAAUAUAAUCUACAUGAUUUUAGAAGACUCUUUUCUAUUGUUCCUCAAGAAAAUCUACUUUUAAAUUGCUCAAUUAUGGACAACUUAAGAAUUGCAAAUAUAGAAGCUUCAGAUAAUGAAAUUAUGGCUGCAUGUAAAUUGGCAAGAAUCCACGACAAUAUUCUUCAAAAGCACGACCAAUAUCAAACAAUUGUGGGAGAAAGAGGAAGUAAGCUUUCAGGUGGAGAGCGUCAGAGAAUAGGUUUAGCCCGUCUAUUCCUACGUAAAUCACCAAUUUGGAUCCUAGAUGAGCCUACAAGCUCUCUAGAUUUACAUACUCAAAAUGAGGUUAUUGAUACUAUAAAUAGUAUUUAUAAACGAGGUUUAAAAACUAUAAAUACUGCAGAUAAACUCAAUUCCCGCGACUUUUUUGAACAAACGAAUUAUAAAGAUGACUUUUAUGUAAGUAAAUUAAUUGAAGAGCUUACAAAGCAACCCUUGACUAUGAUGAUAAUUGCGCAUAGGCUUUCAACUGUAAAGGACUCAAAUAUAAUAAUAUACAUGGAGAAUGGACAGGUCGCUGAGAUAGGGACACAUAGUCAACUCAUGGAAAAUAAGAGAAAUUAUGCAAUAUUGUGGGAGAAGCAACUCUACGAUACAGCCCAAGAAGAUGAAAGAGAUAAACAAGCAAUUAGGUUCGAAAUAUCUAACCAUUAA